UAUCGUUUCCUUUACUUGGAAGGCUUCAAAUUCCAUAUUUUCUUUGAUGAGGAUUGGGCUUCUGGAAAUAUGUGAGGGCCACACCCUCAUUCCCUCGCUUAUAUAAUCCCUGUCUUGUGAUUGAGUUAGAACUCUACCACAAGGUCUUCCUUUUCUGUGUCUGCGUGAGAGAAAAAGAGUGAGAGAGCGAGAGAGCAAGAGAUGGAAGGGAUUUUUUCUGUUUGGAGCUACCAAGAGAGUAUUGAUGAGCUGAAGCACAAGCUUCUCUACACUACUUAUGAACUAGAAUCUGCAAGAAUGGAUGCAAAAGUGGAGAUGAAAAAGAAUGAGGAGAAUGUAAAGCAACUUCUCCAACUCCUUAAUUCUGCUUACCAUGAAAGAGAUGAAGCACGAGUUCAGCUGCAGAAAGUACUAAACAGAGUCACUCCAAAUAGCCAAACAGAAAUCUUUUCUGUUUUUCCGAAUCUUCAAUCGGAGUGCGCUGCAUUGAAACCCAAAGGACUGAAUUCAAGCAUUACUGAAUCAGAUAGUCUAUCUGAAACAUACAAUCAUCACUCGUAUGGUUCAUCCCCUGUAGAUUCAUUCAUCGAUGCAGUUUCUUCUCCAGAAAUGUCGAACAUGAAUGUUGGUGAUUCAUGUAACCUUGGAGUGCCACAGCAGCCACCCAUUCAAGAAUGUAAUGUCCCAAUCUCCAUGGACAUCUUCUCUGCAGGAAAUAUAUCUCCAUCACUUGGUACUAUUUCCUCAGGUGCACCCAAGGUUGAUCAUGCUUCAUCAGUAAUUGAUAAUCUCACCAAGGGAAAACCACUUCCUCAAAAAGGCAAACUGCUACAAGCUGUAAUGGAAGCAGGACCACUGCUUCAGACAGUACUUGUUGCAGGACCUCUUCCUCGAUGGCGAAAUCCGCCACCUUUGCAACCAUUCCAAAUACCAGCUGUUUCAAUCAAAGGUUGUGAUCCUGAAAAAAUUAAUCAGAAACCAGUUCCCAGUCCGAAUUACAAGGUUCAAAGUUUGUUUGGUUCAUCAUACCUUGAGAUGUCAUCUCAGAUAUGCUCUACAUCUUUGUUGAAUUUGUCAAGCAGUCCAGUUUCAUGUUUGGACAAUGGGGAACUAUUAUCUACUCCAAUGAAUCAGGACUUUUCCCACAGAUAUAACAGUACUGGGAAACGGCUAAGACUCCACUAAGAUAAUGCACCUUCUUAUUGUCUAACUUAGCCAAGCAGCACCUAUACUUUUUCUAUCGUCUGUAUAAAUACAAAUGUUGAUGGUGUAGAUGGAAUAUUUCCCUUUUUUUUCAAUAAAUUCUACUGACUUAUUAUAGCCAAACUUUACUU